AACGUGGUUAGCUCAUCGAUCGAACUUGCUAAACCAGCGGAAACCUAACCAGCUAGCAGCAUUAGCUUUUCAACAAGCCUCGCUCGCGCGCCGUGACCGAUAGAUGGCCAUCACCCACGACGACUACGUCUCCCUGUGCCUCAUGGCGCUCGCAGCCGCGGGAGGAGGAGGGCACGCUGCGGCAGCCAGUGCCAGGACGACGACGACAAUGACGACGCAAGAGUGCGAGCUCCGCUUCCGGUGCUCCGUCUGCGGCAAGGCCUUCGCGUCGCACCAGGCGCUGGGCGGGCACAAGGCCAGCCACCGGAAGCCGCCGCCGCCGCUCGCACAGGCGCCGUCGUCGUCGUCGUCGGUGACGACGAAUACCUCGUCGGCGGGCGGCAGCGGCGCCGGGCAGGGGAGGCACAGGUGCUCGGUGUGCCACCGGGGCUUCGCCACGGGGCAGGCGCUCGGCGGGCACAAGAGGUGCCAUUACUGGGACGGGCUCUCGGUGUCGCUCACCGCGUCGGCGGCGUCGGGGUCCGCGUCGAGCUUGAGGGGCUUCGAUCUGAAUUUGGUGCCGGCCGCCGGCGCGGCAAGGUGGCGAGAGGAGGAAGAGGUGCAGAGCCCCUUGCCGGUCAAGAAGCGGCGGCUGUCCUCCGGUCCUUCCACCGAACUUAGUUUAACGAUUUAGAGUUCCUUUUGGCGAUCUGAGGCUUGUAGAGUGUUUUCGUUGCUUCAUUCUUUUAACCGUAUUUUAGUUUUUGUGUUUGCGCGGUGAAUAAACGUGUAUUUAAUUUUGUCGAGCCAUAUAUACUUGAGAUAAAAGCCAUAGGCCAUAUAGGCAUCUACCAA